AUGGGGGAGCAAAAAGAGAACGUCCCGCAGCCGCCACUGACAGAGAGGGAAGAAAAAACGGCCGCCCGCACUUCGAGCCCGCCCGGGAAGCAGCGCUGUAGGUUUGAUGGUCAAGAAGACAAUAAACAGAAAUCCACGUCCAGCUCAAGUGACUUCAGUGACCCAGUAUACAAAGAAAUUUCUUUGACAAACGGCUUUAUCAAUAGAAUGAGUAGAGAUGAACUUAGAGCUAAACUUGCUGAAUUCAAGCUGGACACCAGGGGGGUGAAAGAUGUCUUGAAGAAGAGGCUGAAAAACCACUAUAAGAAAGAGAAAUUGAUGCACAAACAGCCCGUCGAUGGAGAGAAUUACUACGACUACAUCUGCAUUAUUGACUUUGAAGCCACCUGCAAGGAAGGCAACCAGGCUGAAUUUACGCAUGAGAUCAUAGAAUUUCCUAUUGUCUUAUUGAAUACUCAGACUCUGGAAAUAGAGGACACAUUUCAACGAUACGUGAAACCAGAGAUUAAUCCUCAGCUUUCCGAUUUCUGCGUUAAUUUGACAGGAAUCUCUCAGGACCUUGUAGACAAAGCAGAUGAAUUUCCUGUGGUUCUCCAACAUGCCAUCGAUUGGAUGAAACAGAAGGAACUGGGAAGCACCUACAAUUAUUCCAUAUUAACUGACGGAUCUUGGGAUAUGAGCAAAUUUUUGAAUAUCCAGUGUCGCGUCAGCCGUCUGAGAUAUCCUUCUUUUGCGAAGAAGUGGAUCAACAUCCGCAAAUCCUAUGGGAACUUUUACAAGGUUCCCAGAAACCAGACCAAACUGUCAACCAUGCUUGAAAUGCUGGGCAUGGACUACGACGGGCGGCCCCACAGUGGGCUCGACGAUUCGAAGAACAUCGCGCGGAUAGCUGCACGGAUGCUUUGCGACGGAUGUGAGCUCCGGGUGAACGAGCGGCUGCACGGGGGGCUCCUGCUGACGGUCUCCUCCUCCGUCCCGCUAGAGGGAGCUCCUGCCCCACAGAUGCCCAAGCCCAGAUAAAGAGGAAAAAUCGAGUUCUGCUGUGUUUUGGAUACUA